UGGGGAGGGGGAACAAUGGGUGGGGGCGGAGCUCCCGUGUCCGCGCACCUAGCCUGCAGUCUGGAACCCGAGGACGUCACCGCGGAGCAGACUGAUUCCUAUUGGCUGAUUCAGGCAGGAUUGUGGACGUCACAAAGCGGAAGUUGGACAAUGAGCUUCAGAUUAAAACUUCCUCCUCUGGGCAACAUCUAAUAUUAGAAGGGGAGGUUUUGCAGACAGAUCGCAAACCACAUGUUACAGCAAGAUCUGACAGAGUCACUCAAUUCAUCAGGAGCUGAAUAUCAAUGGCCUUUGAAUCUAGAAGAAGAAAUGUUUGUCUGUUCAUUCUGCUUCAGAAGGUUUUAAAAUCAGUGUUAUUGGAAGUGCACUGAGACAGACACAUCUGAGUGAGAGUGUUCCAGUGCACUGACUGUGGAAAGAGAUUUGACCAGUUACGCAGCCUGAUAAAACAUCACGGGAGGGACUGUACACGUGUUCUGUGUGUGACUGCUCAGUUGAUCAUUGAAUCUGGGGCGACCUAAGGACACCCGCACAAUGGAGAAACUGUGGAAAUGUGGGGACUGUGGGAAGGGAUUCAUAUCCCCAUCAAAGCUGGAAAUUCAUCGACGCAGCCACACUGGAGAGAGGCCAUUCACCUGCUCCAUGUGCGGGAAGGGAUUCACUCAUUCAUCCCACCUGAUGAGACACCAGCGAGUUCACACCGGGGAGAGACCAUUCACCUGCUCUGACUGUGGGAAGGGAUUCACUCAGUCAUCCCACUUGCGGAUACACCAGCGAGUUCACACCAGGGAGAGUCUGUUCAUCUGCACCAUGUGUGGGAAACGAUUCACGCAGUCAUCGAGCCUGCUGAGACACCAUGUCACUCACACUGAUGAGAGACCCUUUAAAUGUUCUGACUGUGGGAGUAGCUUCAAAAGCUCUCAGGAAUUGAUGUUCCACCAGCGUUUUCACACUGAGGAGAGACCAUUCAGCUGCUCUCACUGCACAAAAAGGUUUAGAAGUUCAUCCAACCUGCAGGAACACCAGCGAGUGCACACCAUGGGGAGGCCAUUCACCUGUUCUGAAUGUGGCAAAGGAUUCAUUCGGUUGUCGAAACUGCAGAUGCACCAGCGAGUUCACACUGGGGAAAGGCCACUCACCUGCUCCAGUGUGGGAAGGGAUUUGCUUAUUUAUCCAGCCUGCUGAGAUACCAGCAAGCUCACAGUGGGAAGAGGCCGUUUACCUGCUCUGAGUGUGGGAAGGGAUUCACACGAUCAUCCCACCUGUUGACACACCAGCGAGUUCACAUCCAGGAGAGGCCAUUUACCUGCACUGAGUGUGGGAAGGGAUUCAGUCAUUCAUCUGAUCUGUGGACACAUCAGCAAGUUCACACCGGGGAGAGACAAUUCACCUGCUCUGAGCGUGGGAAGGGAUUCAGUGAUUCAGCACAUCUGUGGAUACAUCAGCGAGUUCACAGCGGAGAGAGGCCAUUCACCUGCACCGUGUGUGGGCAGCAAUUCCCUCCGUCAUCCAGCCUGCUGACACACCAUGUCACUCACACCAAUGAGAGACCCUUUAAAUGUGCUAACUGUAUCUGGGCCCCACAUUUUAGGAAAGAUGUGAAGUUCUUACAGAGGGUGCAGAGGAGAUUUACGACAAUGGCACCAGGAACGAGGGGCCAGAGACUGGAACAGCUGAAUUUUCUGACUUUGAGUCAUGGAGUCAUGAAGAUAUACAAGGAGACUAUUCAGCCCAUCAAGUCCAUGCUAGCUCUCUGUAGAGCAAUCCAUUCAGACCCAUUCCCCCAUUCUAUCACUGAAUCCCUGAAAGCUUAUUUCCCUCGUGUCCAUCCAAUUGCCUAUUUAAAUUGUUCAUCGUUUCUGCUUCCCACCCCUCAUAGACAGCAAGUUCCAGGUCAUUACCACUCGCCGUGUAAAAAUAUUACUCCUCACAUCCGCCCAGCAUCUCCUGCCCAAAACCUUAAAUCUGUGUCCCUCUCCUCCUUGUACCAUCAGCGAAUAGGAACAGCUUUUCUUUGUCCACCUUAUCUAAACCUGUCAUAAUCUUGUACACCUCCAUCAAAUCUCCCCUCAACU